GGCUGCUUUAUCUGCAUAAUUAAUCAUCUACCUAUAUAUGUAUUGCAUAUUCAGUAGAAGCUGUUGCAAUUAACCAGCAAGAUCAGUCAUCAGUGUGCGAGUGUGUGAUUGGUUUCUUUGAAUUGACCGUGAUUCUUGAUGGAGGACGUCGCCGGCGUCGUUGAUGCAGCGGAGGAUGUCGUCAAGCCGGCGGCGGCGAGGCAGCCGAUCAGAAGGCAAGGGAGCCUGCGGCUGCGCGCCCUCGCGCCGGGAUCCAUCGACGUGCGAGCCGGCGGCGCCGGCGACGGGAGCGCCGCGUCGGAGUACUGCCACGACGCCGUCGCCGCCGCCGCCGAGGUAAUCCCGCUGCUCACGCCGCUCCAUGCCGUCCCUGCGGCGCCGGCGGCGUCCGAUCAGGUGUCCGGCGGCCGUACUGCGCGCCAUCUGACGGAGGUGGUCGCCGGCGGCGGGCGGUGCGUCGCCGUGGAGAAGACGAGGUUACCGGCGUGGUGGUGGCACCCGGCGAUGCCGCCGUUCGUGAACGAUCAGCCGGCGUCGGCGUCGGCGGUUGGGUUUGUGUUUCAGAACUGCGUCUGAUCGAUCUUCAGUUAGUACAGUGGGCUAAUAUUGUUCAAUCUGACGUUUCUUUCUUUUUCGUCUUAAUUUCAAUCUCUCUUUUUCUCAUCCUAUUAGAUUUGUACAUGUAUUUUCCGACCAUAUCUGUAUAUACCGAGCUACUGCCUCCGUACUAAUAUAUAAUAAUUUUAAUUUCUGAUUAUGUAUAUAGAGAAAUCCUAAAAUAUAGUAA